CUACAAUCGACGGCCCCACACUCUCCCAGGGAUUACCGGCAGCUGUCAUGGGCUCUAAACUCAACUGGCCUUGGCUCUGUGUGUUGAUGCUGUGGACUCUGGUUCUGCGUGUCCCCGGGGCUCCGCUUGAACAGAUGCCCACCGACGGACCCACAGGUGACCCCUCAGGUGAAGGGGAAGAGGUGGGGGGCUCCUCGGACCUUCUGAGCGAAUCCAGGGAUUUGAAACUGAUCCUGGAUGCCACUGAUCUUCACAAGGAUGAGUUUAAAAAAGAGUUCUUAGGUGUGAUGCAGUAUCAUCUUCUGGACAACUACAGAAUCUCAUCACUUCCUCAAAACUGCCCUAGGUCCAACUUCAGCAUGGAGGAUUGUCUCCUCAGGCUGGUUGAUGGCUUGCGUGUUUACAGAGUUCUCCUCAAACAUGUGGAGAAGGAGUACCCAAGCAGCUCCGUCCUGUCCAGGGUCAAAGUGUCCAUCAACCCUUUGAUUGAGAAGGUCACAGAAAAGAUGAAGAGACCGGACAGGGCCACCAUGCUCACCAGCAGCCAGGAGGAGCAGCUGUUGAAGGAGUUGAACAACCUUGACAGUUUCCACAGAAAGAUGGUGGCACACAACAUCCUGCGCAAACUCCACCAGUUCCUGCGCAGCGCACAGCUCAGCAUCAGGAAAAAGGAGAUGGCUAAAGGGUAUUUGCUCGGAACAGUGACGUCAGUUAGUAUCCCUAAUAUGAAUUGA